AGAUUUUCUUUUUUUUUUUAAGGCCGCGCCCAUUUUUUUCCCAGCAAGGGAUCAUCCCUGUUGUAACUCAUGUAGUAGCAAUCAAGGAAGUUGACCCACUUUGAAUUUAUUUUUCUCCCUAUACAACUUUACGUUUGAGUUGUUGUUCUAGUUACUAUUUUUCAAGGUCCUACCAGCGACAAAAUGUCUUUUAUCCCCGGACAGCCGCUGACUGCUGUUGUGCAAAGGAUUGAGAUCCAGAAGUUGCGACAGGGAGAAAAUCUCAUCCUGGGUUUCAGCAUCGGAGGGGGGAUCGACCAGGAUCCGGGGCAGAACCCCUUCUCAGAGGACAAAAGCGACAAAGGCAUUUAUGUGACCAGAAUAACACCAAACGGACCAGCAGACACCGCCGGCCUAAAGAUGGGAGACAAAAUUAUGCAGGUAAACGGCUGGGACAUGACCAUGGUAACUCACGACCAGGCCCGCAAAAGACUAACGAAGAAAAAAGAGGAUGUAGUGCGGCUUCUGGUCACCAGAAAGUCCCUGGAAGACGCUGUGAAAAAUUCAAUGACUGGCCCACACGGCCGAAAGUAGCACUGAGGUUUUCCCGCGACCACCCAAGACCAAAAACGACUACACGAAUGACUUGUUCUCCAUGCUAACUGUUUUGAGUCCCUUCAUUCCAUUAAGUCACUGGACAAGAGGAAGACAUUUUUUAUUCCACACACACUCAUAACAAAAAAAAAAAAAAACACACUGCGUAUGCAUGCGUGUCUUUGUAGCAUUGAAGAGAUGUUUUCGGUACAAACAAGACACCAUUUUGAUUCUGAAUGAAACCAGUAGGUUAUUAUCAAUAUUUUUUACCUGACAUUUACUGUAAUUAAUACAUUUUAUUAUUUUGGUUGUGGGCAUUUGUAAUGUGGGUGCUCACUAAUUUUUCACUGCAGAUGACAACCAUAAUAAUAAACUCAAUUUAGACUGCGCUUACAGUGUCGGUCAAAAUUGAAUUUUUGUUAUAUUUCUUGUGUUGGAUUUCGUCACUGUCAAGGGGUAAUUGAUAAUUAUGGCCGGUGAAAAUCUGGGUGUGGUUAGAAAGCAACACCUAAAAUAACAAAAAAAAACAGCUGCUUUGAAAAGUGCCUUUGAGAGCGGAAUGCUUUUGUUACCAUGGCGAUGAAACACACUUUUCAUGGUACAAACAGUCCCAUGUAGUAGUUUGAUUCUUUUCAUUAAGUCGAUUCCCUGGUAAAUUUCCAGAAACUUCUCAUGGGAAGUUGAGACAAGGAAUUUAAAACUAUUAGAGUUUGGACUGUUAGUAACACAUACAUGACCCUUUGGAGUUAUUAAAUUGUAAUUUGUUUCCUGCCAAUUACCCUGCAUUCCCAAGAAUAUUUCACAACUUUGAAUAACCUUGGAGUAGCGGGGAGCAUUUUUGGCUCACACUUCUGAGGUUCUGGGUUCAAACCCUGUGUGGAGUUUUUGAAAACUUGUAUGUUCGCUUUCUUUGAAGACCAGGAGUCACCGAUGUUGUGCUUGCAUGCACCAGGGAGUUUCCUAAAAAUAGCUCAACAGUGAUGGGGCAUUGUGAUUUUCUAGGAAUGUUGUAUGAUUGAUCAUUUGAAAAGGUAAACACUGGCAGGGAUUUAUAUACACGACCAAAAUGCUCAAGCACAAAUCUGGAUGGAUGGAUUAUUCUGGAAUAUUUUGUAAAUCUCUCACUAUUCAAUAUUCCACAAUAUUUUGUUUUAAGACCAUUUGUCUCAUUUUUUCACAUGUUUUGAGCUCUAGUCUGUGUACAUUUUCACAUAAUUGACGUGCUUGCCAUCAUUUUGGUGUCAAUCCUGUUGAUGCCCAGAAUAAUGAAAUCCCUUUUUUGGUCUGGAAUGAUGACUGACUUCUCUCCACUUGGGACGCAUUGCUUUGGAAUGUCCAUUUUCAUUGUCUGCUUUCAGUUUUCUAUAAAUCUCACAGCACAAA